CUCAGCUUCCAGGCGCGUCGGCGAGAUCCGCCCAAGCGCGAUCUGCAGCCUCUGGGCAGAAGUGGGUAGGCUGACUCUCGGGGAGGCGCCCCCGCGGCCCGGCAUCCUACUGCCGCCUCCUCUCAUCACUCCAGAAGAGACAGACCCUUUCCUGGGCCGGCCGGGUGAGCCCCGCGAGUCCGCGGCGACCACGCGCUCAGGGGACCCCCUGGAACAGCCUCCCCAGAAAGGACAGAGGAAAGCUCAGAAAGCGGCCAGCAGCGGCCGGCGCAGGUCCGCGCGCACACGGGCUGCGGGGUCCGAGACCCGGCGAUUGGCAGUGGGGGACACCCAGGCGCCCUCUGCUCUGCCCUCGUCGAGAUGCACAACGCGUCGUCCUCAGAGUCGGGGCCCACCAACACUUCGUGUCCCGUCCCGGAGCUCGGCUGCCCCAACGCGUCCGGCCAGCAGCCGCCGUCGCUGCCGCCGCCGCUGGUCGUGGCGGUGCCGGUCGUGUACGCCGUGAUCUGCGCCGUGGGCUUGGCGGGCAACUCUGCGGUGCUGUAUGUGCUGCUGCGCUCGCCCCGCAUGAAGACCGUCACCAACCUGUUCAUCCUCAACCUGGCCAUCGCGGACGAGCUCUUCACGCUCGUUCUGCCCAUCAACAUCGCUGACUUCCUCCUGCGGCAGUGGCCCUUUGGGGAGCUCAUGUGCAAGUUGAUCGUGGCCAUCGAUCAGUACAACACAUUUUCCAGCCUCUACUUCCUCACCGUCAUGAGCGCCGACCGCUACCUGGUGGUGCUGGCCACGGCCGAGUCGCGCAGAGUGACCGGCCGCACCUACGGCGCCGCGCGCGCGGUCAGCCUGGCCGUGUGGGGGCUCGUGACGCUGGUCGUGCUGCCCUUCGCCGUGUUCGCCCGGCUGGACGACGAGCAAGGGAGGCGCCAGUGUGUGCUGGUCUUCCCGCAUCCCGAGGCCUUCUGGUGGCGGGCCAGCCGCCUGUACACGCUGGUGCUGGGAUUCGCCAUCCCGGUGUCCACUAUCUGUGUCCUCUACACCACCCUGCUGUGCCGGCUACGCUCCAUUCGGCUGGAUAGUCACGCCAAAGCGCUGGACCGCGCAAAGAAGCGGGUGACUUUCCUGGUGGUGGCGAUCCUGGCAGUGUGCCUCCUCUGCUGGACGCCCUACCACCUGAGCACCGUGGUGGCGCUCACCACGGACCUCCCGCAGACGCCGCUGGUGAUUGCGGUCUCCUACUUCAUCACGAGCCUGAGCUACGCCAACAGCUGUCUCAAUCCCUUUCUCUACGCUUUCCUGGACGACAGCUUCCGCAGGAGUCUCCGCCAGCUGUUGGUGUGCCGCCCUGCUGCCUGAAGCCCCCCACUCACAGCUCCCCAGCCCAGCCCAGCCUCGACCCUCGCUGGGGCAACCCGCGGCAGUAGCGCCCCGCGUGCUAUGCCUGAGCGCAGGCUCAUCAGUCUCCCUACUCCCGUCCCACUUGUGGCAGCGCCCACAGUUUGAAAUUGCCAAGCCCCCAGGAUGUGCAGGUACACAGAAUACCACGCUGACCGCUCCCUAAAGCCAAAAGGCAAAGUAAGGGGAGGGGUGGGUGCUGUGCUGUGGGGAACCCACACUGCGGUCUCCUUUGUGCCUCCCGCCAGAACUGUCCCCAAUUCGGGUUCCAGGUGGAGCCCUCCACGCUGUCAAGGAAGAGGCCCACAGAGGCUGCCAACACCCCUGCACUUUGCUUCCAUUUCCCGCAGCGACUGUUUAGUGAACAGCUUGGUGUGAUCCGCUUGUCCUCCACUGCGCGCUGACCUAUGGAGAAGAGCCAAGACUACCCUGCGAAGCGCGUGGGGAGGUUUGGCGGGGGCUGGUGGUGGUGGUGGUGUGUGUGUGUGUGUGUGUGUGUGUGUGUGCUCGCGCGCGCAGAUUUUUUUCUCCUAUUCUAGCGGUUUCUUUCUUUGCCCUUUCCAACUUUCCUACACCGCUGUCAGCUGAAAACCCUUCAGGACUCUCAGGCUGCAAGAAUCCGCCUCUCCGGGUUCAGGAAGUACCAGGAGCAGCAAGUCUGCGGGGCGCGCAGAUUCAGGCGCCCCCUUGCGUCGCCAGCCGCCCUGCGCCGAGCAUCCUAACGCACAGCGCUGUUUGCAGCCGAACUCGCCCUCUCUAAACUGCUGUUUACACCGUUAGCUUAUUAGGCAUCUCUUCUUCUUCUUCUUCUUUUUUUAUUUUUUGUGGGACCCUCGCCGGCGGCCGGGGAGCGAACCGGCGCUGCAGAGGCUGCGGGCAGCCUCGCAGCCCAGCGCUCAACCGCUGCACCACCAGGGGAAGCCCUAGGCAUCUCUUCUUUUAUACUAGUGACUUCGUUACCCCUACAUCACUUUGCUCAGUCGACCUCUUAUAUGACUUGAACCAGUUCGUUGUAAUUUUUUUUGUGUGAGUGUUGAUUUUCACCACUGAGGUCUUGAUGUAUGUAAAAUCUGGAAUUUACUCCGGAAUCACAGUGAGACCAGCCAACACUCUACAUUUAUUUUAUCUCUACUCAUGGAAGAUAAGAGUGAAUUAAGAGAGGACUGAAAUUUGGGUUGACCCAAGCACCUGGAGCCUACUCCUCAGACAGGAGGGCAGAGCCUUAUGGUUUAUUGCUCUUUAAAGUGUCCUAGAAGGUAUUUUUUUUUAAUUUGGGAUAUAUGAAUAGAAAUUUCAGAAAAUGUUGUUUCCUAUGGCACAGUCUUAUAUGUGAGAAGGUGUGAAUUGUGUAAUUAGUUUGAUGGACAUUAAUCAGUUUCUCAAUUUAUACUUUCGAAAGUAUAGAUGAAAAACUCCUUUGGGUGGGGAGGAGCCAUCUCUCCGGUUUUGCUGAGCGAAUUUGGGACGAGAAUUGCUUCCUUAAUGAUCAGAGCUAUUCGGGUACAAUGAUAUAAUUCAUAGCUAUCAAUUCAGAAAAUGUAAAUUUAGAAACCUAGUUUGGGUGAGAAAUGAUAUUAAAUUGUUCAAAGUAAAGUUGUUUUUUUCCCCUCUCCACUGCAUUUUGAAUGGUAGAACGUCAUGGAUGGCAUUUGAACAACCGUCUGCUGGUGGGCUGCAGAAGCCUCUAGGAGUUCGUGUUAGUAUCUUUCAAAUCCCUUAGAAACAUUCUAUUGAUUUUAUUUAUGAGUCACAAUAUUUUUAAUGAAUUCACAGUAUUUUACUUUUUGAAAAUAAAAGUUUUAAGCUUAGAGUAACUGCCACAUUAUCUAAGGUGAUAGAUAAAUGGUAAAAUGGGCCUUUGGCCACAAACACAGCCAGGUGUGACCAUCUGGAUUUGAAACCCCAUCUGUUUUGAUAAACUCAGUAGCUAUGCUGUGACAUCCUGUGGGUACAGAUCAGGGGAAAGCCCAGUAAUCCAUCUGUUCACUGCAUCAUGCAUUCUGCAGAUGGACUUGGAGCUACCUUGGAACUAUGGAUAGGACUUCAAGAAAAACAUCUGCACUCACAUCACUGUGUUCUCCAUACCAAGGUUUGGACUGGCACACUAAUAUGUAGUGCCUAAAUAGGACUGAGUGAUUUAGUUUUACAGUUUUAAAAAUCACUGGAUAAACGUUUGUUAUUUUAGAUAGUUGUUUGUAUAUUAUUAGCAUGUGGAUUUUCAUAUUGUGUGUCAGACAUCAUUUUCAUAUCUUAGAUACUGGAUAGAAUAAAUAUGCAAAUUACCAUGCAAAAGUAAAACUUACAUCAUUAUAUUGCAAAAAUUUUAAUUCUGUGUUGAAUUUUUGCAGUCAUUAUGUAAAAACUAUUUUGUCUGGUUAUGCCAUUUCUGAUAUUUCAAACUGCAAGUUGGUUUUACUUAAUUUUGUAAAAUUAUGUGUUUAGUAAAAGUACGUGUUUAAGCUUUCUCUUGAGGAAUGUAGAAACUCUGUUAGUGCAUUUCAAAGAAUCUUAGUUUGAAAUAAACACCGAAAUAUUCUGUGUGAUAAGUGAAUAUUCUAUUUCCUGAGAUCACGGAACACAUAACUCAGCCAUCUUGCUAUGUAUGAAUUAUGCUUUUAAAAAAAAUACUGCCUUCAUGGAGAAGCUAUCUAGUGUAUAAGCAAAGAAUAAAUGUGUUUGAUAUGACAAGAUUAAGAAUGAACUUCCUUUACUUUGGGUAAUUGUGAAAAUGAUGUGAAAGUGCUCAUUAGCACAAAAUCUCUACAACAUAUUUUGGGCAGAAAAAUGGUAAGUUUUUAUCAUAUAAUCACAAACCUUGUGUCUUGAAUAUUUGAAUUGUUUGUGUGGAGGGCCAGAAGAGAAGAGAAGUCGUUGAAGUCAUUAGCACACAUCAUUACUAUUUCAAUUAAGAGAAUGCACAGACAUGGCACACAUAUACACAAAACAGAGGAUCUCACCAGAAAAACUCUGGCACUCAUUGAAAAACCUCCUUUUCUCAGCAACAUGCUGGGAAUACAGCAACAAAAACAAUAUCCCUCAAUAGAUGUCAGUCACCUAUGUUUAUGUUUAUGAAUGAGUUUAGCGAAUCCUUCACAUUAAUGGUCUUUUACUGGAAGAGUUUUGGAUAUGGCACUUUAAUUGAUAUUUUAUAUACAAAGAAAUGGAGAUAUAGAGAAUUGGAUCUAUUUGAUUAGGUCCAGAAAGCCCAAGCAAAACCAUCUGCUUCCUUUUCUAGGAAUUGUACCAUCAUAAACAUCCAAUAAGAUGAAAUUGAUUGCAGGGUAUAAUUUGGAAUUACUAGGCCAUAGAAAACACUGAUGUCUUUGGUAUAUUUAAAGAAUCAAGCAAGAUUUAUAUAUAUAUAUAUAUAAAUGUAUAUACACACAUAUCUAUGUACACACACACAUAUAUAUCUAUACACACAUAUACUAUUGUAACAUGUGACCCAAAGGUAGGAUAAGAUUGAAGAAUAAAAUUUCAAUUCUAACUCACAGUCUUGAAAGUAUAUGGUAUUGUAAGGGUAUAGAAGGAAAAUUCCUAUAUCAGGGUUGGCUGCAGUUUGCUCGACUGUGCAAGCACUACUACAUUGCAAUUUGAACGCUAUGCAUAGAGUUGUGCUCCAGGAUGCACUAUUUAAGUAGGCUAGGCUAGUAUGCUAGUGGCGCUUCUGCUUAUAUAGAACAGUUUUACAAUGGAUGGCAUUGUCCUCGAAUUUAGGGUGAGACAACAUUAGUUUUGAUUCCAUAUCUCGUAAGUUUUCAUGAAGAUGUCAUGCCUUAGUGAUUAAAGGAGAAGAGGGGAGGGAUGAGAAGAAAAGUUUAAAUGCAUCUGUCAGAAAAUCUGCUUCUGACAAUCCAGAUCAGAAAUUUUUUUCUUGACAUAAUGCUAACUGGCAGCAAGAACAGACUGUCUUUCCUGCCAACACCUCAGGUGCAUCCCUGCACAUAGAACAGACAUCCCGGCUGACCACGUUUGGGGGAUCAGCUCAGGAUCUUUCUGUGAAAUGUACAUCCUACAGUGUGGAGUUCAUAAUUUGCACCACCAUGUUUUUUAUCUCUCAUGGCCUUUCCAUAUCUCUUUAUCAGUGUCUUUAUAAACAAGUGGCAGUUUUUUUUAAUUGAUAACUUAAGUUCUUCAAUUGUCUCUACUUUAUAAUCAGUGGGGUCAUUACAGUGUCCAUACACAGCAUUUGAUCAGUCAGAAUCAUUACAAUAUCAAUACAUAACACCUUAAAACUCUGUACUGAAAGAAUAAUUAGCAGUUUCUUGCUCUGAGUUCCAGCUCUGAGUUCUCAGAACUACUAUAGUUGUUUAUUCUGAAAUUUGCCUCUUUACUGCUAAAUUAUAGGUUUAUACCUUAAUGAUUUAAUUCAAUAAAUUUAGACUUUGUAAUUAAGAGAUUUGGAGGGCAUGCAUUGUUGGCACUUUUGAAAAUUAGAUGUGUUCAAAAGUGUGUCUCUUGGGCCUCCCUAGGUGGCCCAGCGGUUAAACGCUGGGCUGCAAAGCUGCCUGCUGCCUCUGCAGCAGCGGUUCAAUCCUCGGCCUCCAGGGAGGGACAUCUCCUGUCUUGCCUGCUGCUCCCCCUCAGCAUUGUAUUUUGUCACUCUGCCUGUUCUGUUCCCCGUUCUGGCUCUGGUGAAUUUUCUCAUCCUCCCAUGCUUCUGACUGUACCCAGU